GUUAUACUAUACAUAUGCACCCUUUAGUGCUUACAUCACUCACAGACUGCUGCAUCAGCAGAUUCGGUUGCGACGUUAGUCGCUAGUCCAUUCCUUUCAGUCAGUCGAAAUCGAGCUCCUUUCCAUGCUAGACGGUUGCCUCAAAUCAAUUAAUUCUUUUUUUUAAAAACCUAUUUCCUCAACGCCGUAUAACAUUUGGUGGCAGCGGUAAAGGGAUUUAGAAAAAUAAAAUCCCCGGUUCGCCUCUUUCACGUAAAAUUCAAGUAUAUAAAUUCACGCGUGUGUGUGUUUGUGUUCAACUUCGAGUUCUGCUUCGGCCCUCAUAGUCGUCGUCUUCAAGAAAGCAGUCCACCUGAGGCCCAUUGUUGGGCAUCGCCGAUAUUCAACGUGCUCCAACCGGCCUCAAACCACCUGCCAGGUUACCCACUGUCACGCGAUAUUGACGCUGUGACCGGUAUACCAUUGAAGCGACAACUAGUGAUUCAUUAUCACAUACACGGUAUCCUCAUCACUGUAUCCAGAUCUAAGCGCACCUCCUAUCGACAUCGAGAUUUCACCGUAUCGACGACGUCACGCCGUGCCUGUAUUUUGUUGUGUCUACGCGACCAGCGACAUGCUCGCCCUUAUCACGUUUCCUGCAUUCCUGUGAGUGACUUUUUAUUCAUACUUAUUCUAUUGGUCAUUGCUACUCUGUACUCGUGUUUUUUUUACAAACGAAUUCUUGUCAUAAUUGUAUAAUUUUAUUAUUAUUAUUUUUCUUUUAUAUUCACAUUUCGUUACUCAUUUAAAAUGGCCGAAGGUCGUUCAACCAGCCCGAAACCCGAAAUCUCUGUCACAGACACAGAGGAAGAUACCCAGGGCCAAUUACAUCCAGGCCCCUCCACUAGAUCUAGUAAAAAGAAAGCGGCUGUAAUUCCCAAAUCCGAAAUUGAAUUAUCCACUUUGCUUAAAUUUAUAAAGCCAUUUGAUGGUUGUAGAGAAAAGUUAAAUUCAUUUUUAGUAAAUUGUAAUAAUGCUUAUGAAAUAGCCUCGGACACACAAAAAGAUAUUCUCUUUAAAUACAUACUCUGUCAGUUACAAGGCAAAGCAGAGACCGCCUGUUCCAUUAAAGAAUUUACUAAUUGGCAUCAGCUUAAAGAGUUCCUCAAAACGCAGUUCAGCGAGAGGAAACAUUACGCUCAUCUCCUCACCGAAUUACAGGAAUGCAAACAACAAGUCACUGAAACUGUCAGUCAGUAUGCUUUAAGAAUAGAGACUUGCUUAUCUCAUUUACUUACCGAAAUUUCCAUCUCACACGGCCAUAAAAGUAGAGAAAUGAUUGGACGUAGUGCCGCGAUGGAGGAAUUAGCCCUCCAUCAUUUCCAAAUGGGUCUAACGCCUCGAAUAUCUAAUUUUGUUAGGAGUAAAUCCGUUAAAACUUUAAACGAAGCAAUUAAUAUCGCAAUUUCUGAAGAAAGAAUCCAACAAUCUUUAUCUAAACACUCAGCCCCGUCUAGCAAUCAACAAUCUCGUCAGUUUAUACGUCGUAACCAAAAUCCAUCUUCAUUCAAAAACAAUCCUAUUACUCCUCGUCCUAAUAAUAAUAAUUCCAUCCUUGUCUGCCGAUAUUGCAAAAAUCCAGGUCACACUAUAGAACAAUGCCGAAAAAGGGAAUUUAAUAAUAAUCGCUUCAAAAAUCCUGAUCAAAACUAUACAAGGCAACCCCGUGUUCAUUUCAUCUCCGAUGAAACUUCGGAAACUAACGAUGAUUUUCUUACCAAUCCUGAGGGCGGUUAUGACACCGUAGACUCUAAUCAAAAAAACGAGUAAACAUCUCGUCCCAGUGUCGUGCGGGAUUAUAUAAUUUUAAAACCGGCACUAUCAAUUAUAAUUCAUCUACUAAAUCCUCUGUAUCCACUGUAUCUAUGCAGCAACCCAAGGUUGAUCUGCCCAAAUCUACUAAAUCCUCUGUAUUCACUGUAUCUAUGCAGCAGCCCAAGGUUGAUCUGCCCAAAUCUACUAAAUCCUCUGUAUCCACUGUAUCUAUGCAGCAGCCCAAGGUUGAUCUGCCCAAAUCUA